AUGUCGUCUUUAAAAAGUUGUGUGAUCUCGUCCAUUGUGGUCUGGUUAAUUUGUAUCACACCAAUACAAACUUUAACCUUAGAGACAACUGAAAAUUUCAAUGAGGCUUUGAGACAAGAAAGAAAAGAAAUAAUGUGUCCCACACAGUGCUAUUGUACUGAAGACAAAACCACGCAGCAAUUUAAUGUAGACUGCUCAAACAGACAGCUACAGAAUAUUCCAGACUUACCUCCACAAACGACGAGGUUGGAUUUAAGCCUGAACAACAUCAACAAGAUCCAGUCAUUUUUCUUCAGCAACCUUACGCAGCUGAGCUACUUGGACUUAUCGUAUAAUAAACUCUGUCACAUUUUUAAUAACACUUUUUAUGGUAUGCAUUCGUUAAAAUGGCUCUCCUUAAUGAGGAACAAUUUAAUUUAUUUAAAUUCAACAUUUGAAUUAGAUGCAUUUAACGGACUAGAUCAACUUGAAGUCUUACAUCUAGAAUGCAACAGUCCAAGCAAAGAUAAUAUAGUAUACCCAGAUCAAGCAAUUUCUAAAUUAAAAAAUCUUAGAGAAAUAAACAUUGACGGUUACCCUGUUCCUUUAGGACCUGGAUUUAGAAACUUAGAGAAAUUAGAGGGUAUAUUUAUAAGAACAUUAAUUUAUUGUUCAUAUUGCAAUAUGGGAUCGGCUAUGCCUGACAAUUUUUUCGAGAACAUCGUGUCACUUCGACCUAUGACGAUAUCGCUAUCAGUUUGCUAUAUGUCGUAUUUACCACCACGACUAUUCAGCCCUAUCAGAAAUCUCCGUAAUCUCGACAUUUCGAAAAAUCGUUUUACGUUGAAAGGUUUUAAAAAUGGAUCCAAAUCACUGAGCGGUUCAAACAUAGAGUUUUUAAAUUUACAUGGCAUUGAAAAGGACAGAUAUGUUUAUAACGAGAUAACAAGACACAUGUUUCAUCAUUUAAAAAAUACUCCUCUCAAAUAUUUAGAUUUAUCUGUGAACAGAAUCUAUAGUGUAGAAGCUUUUGCUUUUAGGGACUUGCCGCAGACUCUGGAAUAUUUAUCAUUAAAGCAUAAUGUAAUAUCGAAGUUCGAUUUUCUUUUGACUAUUUUAUUUAUGCGGAAUUUAAAAACUAUCGAUUUGAGCUUCCAAACUCAAUACAGGAGAUUUAGAAAUGAUACUUACUUAGAGAAAGAUAAAAAUCUUGAAUUCGGUUCUACUAAUAUUGGUAACUAUGGAAAAGAUUUUUGUGAAAAAUAUUCAGCGGAGCUUAUUACAAAUAAUAAUGUCGUACGAAGCUAUAAAAAUAUGCUUGUGAAAAAUAUAGGAACUAAAAUAAGACGCACUUUUUACUUGGCAAUUCCACCAAAUCUAGAAGUUUUUAUUAGCGGGUCGAUGAAAGUCGAGUUCUUCAUACCUGCCAUAACAUUUUUAAACAAUACAGUACUCAGAUACAUGGACUACUCAAACAACAUGGCCAGGUGCUGGGGAGGGCCCAUGAAUGGACUACCAGCUCUACAAUAUCUCGACUUAUCCGAGAAUUAUUGUACCAAAAUGAGUUUGACGUUCUUCAAAUACCUUACCAACAUUACGACACUUCUUCUACAAGACAACGUUCUUGGUAUAAGUUUAGCCAAUGACAUUUCAGGAAUAGCUUUCUCAACACUGACCAGAUUGGAGACCUUAAACAUCAGUGGCAACACUAUAACAUCUUUAUCCAGAAAUGUCUUUGAGAAGAACACCAAUUUAAAAUAUUUAAAUCUCUCUAGAAACGAACUAACUGAUUUCGACAUAGAUAUAAAAACAUUUAACAAAAUUGAGGUUAUUGAUUUAACCUCUAAUUUAAUUUCAGGAUUUUCUGAUAAAAUGUGUCAAGAUUUAAAACAACAGAAAGCCAAAAACACAAAUUUGAAAAUUAGAAUCCAGUCCAAUCGUCUAAUGUGUACUUGCGAGUACCUGUCGUUUGUCCAUCUUCUAAUCACCCAGCCAGACAUAUUCGAUAGUGUAGGCUCCAUCAACUGUACCACAGCUGACGUCUCCAACUUAUCACAUGACCAACUGGCCACAUUCUACCCACAGUUAAUGAAGAGCUGUGUCUCACAGGAAAUUUUCAUUGGAACUCUCGUUACAUUUUUCAUCGUUCUCGGCAUCGUCUUAUUGUCUGCCAUGUUUUACUACAACAGAUGGAAAUUUGCUUAUCUCUAUUACAUUGGAUCAAAGAAACUUCACAUCGGCAAUAUAUCAUUGGCAUAUAAACCAGUUGCUGGUGUUUUUAUAACCUAUGAACAGGAGCCAGAAUUCAUUUUUCUGGCGCGAAAUGUUUUCAUCCCACGUCUGAUACAGAACCACGUGACUUACGUUAACGGCGAGGACGACUUCCCAGCAGGCCCACAACAAAACAACAUAGCUGGCGCCAUUGUUGGUACAAGAAAGACUCUCAUCCUACUCUCGCGAGAUAUUUUUGAAGACAGGAACCGGGAACUCGAGAUGAACCUGGCCAUCAUGCACGAAAUGAAUUGUUCUGAUAGGAUCAUCGUGCCUGUUUUUGUGGGUCACUUUCCCGUCAUCACCUGGCCAGUGGAGAUCGUGACCUACAUCAGAAACCAGAAUCACCGUUGUUUGUUGUAUGAGGACACAGAGGAGUUUUGGGAAAUGUUGAUAAAUCAAAUACGUCAGUGAUAUGGGGAUCACAGAAGUGCAUUUAGCGAGAUA